AACGUCUGCAAGGGCCACGUGGAGGGAUUGUCGCGGGCGGGGCGAGGGCGGGCCAUGUAAAUUGCAGGGACUUAGAGGAGCGUGGAGGUCAGAAAAGAGUGAUGGAUCCGGCUACCGACUCGUGACGACGGCUGGAUUCCCAGGGUGUGCAGUGACUCCCCUCCCUCCCCCCCCCACCAGUUUGGGGAAGCUGUGACCAGAACCCCCGGGAUGUGUGCACCCGUUCUGGGGACCGCUCCACCUGGAGCAUAGUUGUUAACUCCGGUGUUGAGCAAGGAGGAGCCAGACAAAGUCCAGGUUGUUCCGGAGCAAGAAAGAAUCUGUGUCUGGAGCGCAGGGGAACUCGGGGCUGUUUGCACCCCAGACCCCCAAAGCACAACAGCUUAAAGCGGACAGCCACUAUCCACCGCUCAGCACAACUGCUCUCCUCUCUAACCUCCUAAUCAGGGUCACCAAGACGAUGGUGCGAGAACAGUACACCACGGUCACCGAGGGCACUCAUGUAGAGAGACCCGAGAACCAGCACAUCUACAAGAUCGGCAUUUACGGAUGGAGGAAGCGCUGCCUGUACCUGUUCGUUCUCCUCCUGCUCAGCAUCCUCGUUGUGAAUCUCGCUCUCACUAUCUGGAUUCUGAAAGUGAUGUGGUUUUCUCCAAUAGGAAUGGGUCACUUGCACGUCACAGCAGAUGGGCUUCGCCUGGAAGGGGAGUCAGAAUUUUUAUUUCCGCUGUAUGCCAAAGAAAUACGCUCCAGAGUGGACUCAUCUCUGCUUCUGCAGUCAACUCAGAACGUGACGGUCAGUGCCCGCAACUCAGAAGGGGAGGUCACAGGCCGGCUGAAAGUGGGGGCCCAGAUGGUAGAAGUCCAGAGCCAGCACUUUCAGAUCAGUUCUGAAGAUGGCAAGCCACUGUUCACCGCUGAGGAGCAGGGUGUCGUGGUCGGCACAGGCAGACUGCGAGUAACAGGGCCAGAAGGAGCUCUUUUUGAGCACUCAGUGGAGACACCCCUUGUCAGAGCUGACCCAUUUCAAGACCUUAGGUUAGAAUCCCCAACUCGGAGUCUGAGCAUGGAUGCCCCACGGGGGGUUCACAUGAAAGCUCAGGCUGGGAAGCUGGAGGCGCUUUCUCAGAUGGACAUCAUCUUGCAGAGCAGUGAUGGAGUGCUGCUGCUUGAUGCUGACACUGUGGGUUUGGCCAAGUUGAAGCAGGGGACACAGGGUCCCCCUGGCAGCUCCGGAGGAUUCUAUGAGAUCUGUGCAUGUCCUGACGGGAAGCUGUACCUGUCUAUGGCUGCUGAGGCCACUACCUGCGAGGAACACAGCCACAUCUGUCUCUGACCACUGCCCCUUCAGCAGCACACCUAUGAUGUCUUGGUGAGACAACAGCUGUGGCCUCAGCCUUCAUGUCUAGCAGCUGGAUUGGAGCUGGAGGACUCACGGCUAAAACACUGAGAAGCAUGCAGGGGGGACGUGCCCAUGGAAAUGUUGGGCCAACGCUACAGAACAACACAAAGAGAUGUCAGGAAUGCAUUUACUGUAUUCAUCUUUCUAGCCCCCCUCCAGAUCUCUCACGGUGAACUGCCAUCCAGAAACAAUUUAGAGUACUCAGUGGCCGGCGUCUGCCUCCUCCCAGAUGUACAGCUGGCUGGCAGAUUCUAAAAUGCCCCAGCUGUGCACACCUCUUCCUUUAGAUGAACCCUCAAGUGCUCCCUUCAGCUGAGUGCAAUGUGUCAGAUUUCACCAAGAGAUCUCUGAGGUCUGCAGGGAAUUUGAGGUUGAUGUGAUUUUCACUAUGUAGUUAAGGAAAGAAAUGACACAAAUUCAGUCACGCCUUUUAUAUACGUACAUAUGAGCAAUAAAAAUGGCACUUUUCCAGACCAAGGUUUAAAAGUGUCUUAUUUUCUUUGGUGCUU